AUGGCGAGACAGGAGGAUGUUGUGAUCCACUGUGUCAAAGGCAGCUGUCAGAUCCAGAAGGACCAUUACAAGGUGUUCAAUGAUUCCAUCCAUGGUCAUGUGGAGUUGCACCCGCUUCUCGUCAAAAUUAUUGACACAUCUCAGUUCCAGAGACUACGAAACAUCAAGCAGCUGGGAGGGGGCUAUUUCGUUUUCCCUGGAGCAUCCCACAACCGCUUUGAACACUCAAUCGGGGUGGCGUACUUAGCAGGAGAGCUUGUACGAAAUCUGAAAUCAAAGCAACCAGAACUCGACAUCACUCCCAGAGAUGAACUUUGUGUGGAGAUUGCUGGUCUUUGUCAUGACCUGGGACAUGGACCCUUUUCUCAUCUGUUUGAUGGAAUGUUCAUCCGCAAAGCACGUCCAAAAAAGAACUGGAAGCAUGAGACUGCCUCUAUACAGAUGUUUGACUACCUGGUGAAUGCUAAUGGUCUACAGCCAGUGAUGAAGAAGUAUGGCCUAGAGCUCCCUAAGGACCUGGACUUCAUCAAGGAAAUGAUUGCAGGAGCUCAGGGAAUUAAUGCAGGUCAAGGCCAGGAGUGGCCAUAUAAAGGCCGACCAAAGAACAAGUCCUUCCUCUAUGAAAUCGUGGCCAACAAAAGAACGGGCAUUGAUGUGGACAAGUUUGACUACUUUGCCAGGGACUGCCACCACCUGGGCAUUCAGAACAAUUUUGACCAUCGCCGCUUCAUCAUGUUAGCCAGGGUGUGUGAGGUGGCUGGAAAGAAGCACAUCUGUGUUAGAGACAAGGAAAUUGGAAAUGUGUGUGACAUGUUCUACACAAGGAUCAGUCUCCACAGAAGAGCCUACCAGCACAGAGUGAACAAGAUCAUAGAGUCUAUGAUCACAGAGGCCCUUUUAAAGGCAGAUAAGCACAUCCAGAUUGAAGGCAUAGAAGGGAAGAAGGUCACUCUCUCUGAAGCCAUAGAUGACAUGGAGGCCUACACCAAGCUGACAGAUUGUGUGUUUGAACAAAUACUCACCUCCUCCUCUAAGGGCCUGAAGGAGGCUAAGGGGAUUCUGCAAAGGAUUCAAUCUCGACAACUUUACACGUUUCUGGGCCAAACAAAGGCCAUGACGCUUACUCUAGAGAUGAUGUCCACUUGGAAAGAGGAAUUGGCCAUCCCUCAGACUGAUGUUGGGCUACAGCCAGAUGACUUUGAAAUUCUAGUGAUCACAAUGGACUAUGGGAAGAAAGACAAGAACCCUGUGAAUGAAAUGUAUUUCUACAGCAAGAAUGAUGUUACCAAAGCUAAACAGAUCCCUGAAGGACAGAUGUCUGAGCUGCGUCCAACAUGCUUUUCUGAGACACUGAUCAUGGUUUACUGCAAGAAGACUGAUAACAAGAGUGUGAAGGCUGCUAAGGAACACUUUGUCAAGUGGAGCGAGAACAAGGGCUUUCAGCCUCUCUCUGCAUUGCUCUCUAAAUCUGAAAUCACGGAAUUGGUCAACUGGUCUCUCAACGCAAUUGACAGAAUUUUCUCGACGAGAAGCCUGGGUUCGGGGGAACCUGUCUGUCCUGAUGGAACGUUCGCCGCUGGCUACACGAUGGACUCCUGGGAGAAGUGGAGGGUCGUGUGCCUGGCGAUUCUUUCCGUUGAGGACAUCGAGGAUGUCUACAUAUUCGGAACCAUGAUAACAGGCUAUCUGCUGAUUGGAUUAGGCAUUGCCCUGGUGUAUCGGAAAAGUCGGGGGUCGGUGUCAGCAGUGCAAAUCUCCACGAAGCCGCCCGACAUGAUUGAGGGAGUGGGCAGAGCUGUUAGCACUCAGACUGCAAUUAUGAACAGCAACAUGGAAAACAUGGACAGAGCUAUCAGUGCUCAGAAUGUGGUCAUAGAUCGCAAGAUGGGAAUUAUCUUGGAGAAGCUUUCGGCUUUUGGCGGGCAAAGGGAUCGAUCUGAAGACCAGUAA